AUGUCUGCUCGCUCUGCUAUGCCGGACAUGUCUGGCCGUGUCGUUGGCAACGGCCAGUACCAGCUCAUCCAAAUGCUGGGGUCUGGGUCAUACGGAGUAGUCUAUCGAGCCGUCGACCUCGCCUGGUCGUACUCGUCUUCUUCGUCGAAGACCUCGCCUCGGAUAGCGAUCAAGGUUCUCCACAAGGAGUCCUUGACUCCUACCGCUACCAGGCGAGUGAGACGAGAAGUCUCUGCUCAUCGCGAGAUGUCAGAUCAUCCUAAUGUCGUCUCGAUGCAUGACGCAUUCGAGGACAAGGAAAAUAUCUACAUCGUCUUGGACUAUUGCCCUGGUGGCGAUUUGUUCGAGAAAGUCGUCGAUGAGAAGAUGUACUUCCGCAACGACGAUUCGGCGAAGUCGGUCUUCCUGCAGAUCUUGGAUGCCGUAGAGGCCUGCCACCGCAGGCGCGUCUACCAUCGGGACUUGAAGCCCGAAAACAUCCUGGUCUCGCGGGACGGCUCGGAGACUUAUCUCACUGACUUCGGGCUUGCUACCUGCAACCAAGUCAGUGAGACGUUUGGCUGUGGUAGCUCAUACUACAUGAGCCCAGAGUGCAUUGGAAAGGAGACUGUUCAUGUCCCCUACUCCAACCGUGCCUCUGACAUUUGGGCUCUUGGCGUCAUUCUCGUCAACAUAAUCACCAGCCGCAGUCCGUGGAACAAAGCUAUGUCCACGGACCCGUGCUUCCGUGAAUAUUUGUCGCACGAGAAUUACCUCCGGGAGAUGCUCCCAAUCUCGGAGGGCGCCCAAAAGAUUCUGCGUCGCAUCUUUGUGUGCGAGCCGACGGAGCGUAUUACCAUCCCCGAGCUCCGAAAGGCUAUCAUCAAUCUCGAUACGUUCUUCAUGACGAACGACGAGAUUGCGCACGCGACGGACAAUGUACGCGUCGCUGCGGCGUUCUGCGGUCUUCACAUCGAGCCGGCGACGAGUGCAGUUGAGUCCGCUAUGGCGGACAGCAAGGCGGCAAAACAUGUCGCCGCGGCUGCCCCCCCUCGUACGCCGCCGAUGCACUUCGCGGAAACUCCAGAGCACGUGUCUCUUCUAGCUACCGCCAACGUAUUCGUUGUUGGCGGUUUGUCGGAGGAGGCUAGCAGCUACAGCUCGGCUAGUGACGCUAGCUCGAGCGACCCCGAGAGCAAGGGCCCCGUGACGCCAUCCCAAUCGGUCCGGGAGCUCGACCUUGUCGUGACAGAGUUCCAGCUCCAGCUGUCAGAGCCUGGUGCUGGUUUUCUGCCGGGGUCGAAGGGGAAAGGUGGUGUGAAGCUGCGCGGACUUGGUCUAUUGAUGGAUGUUCCGGUGGUGGAGAGUGAAUCAGGCUCAGCCUGUAGUCUGUAGAACAGUCGGCGAACAUUAAUCCUUAGACGUCUGUCGUACGCUGGCGUACACAGAC